GUUUUCUCCGAUCCAUCUCAUACAAAAGCCUUCUCCUUUAGCUCCUACUUUAGAGGAUCGAAGAAACCCUAAUUAACUGUUCUGACAUGGAAGGACAGCUUCAAGAAGACUGGGAAGUGGUGCUUCAGAGAGUUACUACUACGACCCAGGAGGAUUACAAAUCGAAGAGCUUGGAGGAGAUUGGUGAUGAAGAUGGCACGCGAGGUAUGGUAACCUUCGAUUACUUCUCUCUCGAGAAUAAUAACGGUAUGUGUCGUGUGGAUGCGAUCGAUGAAGAUGGAUCUGUUCAAUCGGAUAGUCCAGGCUGGAUCGAGCCUCGCUCCGACGCUCCUUAUGGCCCGAAGCACUUUAGCGAGCUAUGGUCGGAUACGAGCAGCGAUCGGCUCGAUGAUCAGAGGUUAGCCGGUGAUGAUGAUCUGGGUUUAGAGAUUUCAGAGGAAUACAGCGAAAAUAUAGCCAAAGAGAAGCAUCUUGAGGAAGAUUGGUUGGGUUCGAGUGGAGAAAUGGAAUUGCUGAGCUCUGAUGAAAGAAUCGAUACGGAGGGAGAAGAGGAAUCAGGAAAGUGUAUUUCUAUUGAUUCAUCUGUUGAAUCUGGUGGUGGUGGAGGAGAAAGGGGAUUUGUUUGGUGGAGAAUUCCGAUAGAAGUUUUGAAGUGUUGUGUUUUCAAAGUUAACCCUAUUUGGUCUUUCUCCAUGGCAGCAGCAGUGGUGGGUUUUGUUAUGUUAGGGCGUAGAUUGUAUAAUAUGAAGAAGAAGAGCCGUACCUUGCAGCUUAAGGUUCUACUCGAUGAUAAGAAGGUGGCGAAUCAUGCUGCUCGGUUGAACGAAGCGAUCUCAUUAGUGAAACGUGUGCCCAUAAUCCGUCCAGCACUUCCAUCAUCGGUGGUGGGUAUGAACCAGUGGUCUAUGAUGAGUUUAAGGUGAAACAUAAGUAAAGUGAAUUGAAAGAAGUGCAUAAUGCAUAUAUGUGAGAUGAAUGAUUGUUGUUGUUGGCAUGUACAUAUCGUUGUGUUAUAUGACAAGUCUCAAAAUGCUACAAAACAUACAAAAGAUGCUUGUGAGUUUGUACCGUGUGUGUAUAUAUUUUUACUUGUAUGGUGUUCACAUUGGAUCAAAAUCAGUGUAGGUUUGGUGUGGUUUCAAAAAUUGUUAAACUCUAAAGUGGUCUAAAAGGCAUUGUGUAUGUUUAAAUAA